AUGUUUAUCUCCUCUCUUUCUCUCUCUCUCUCUCUAUCGCUUUAUAUUCCCCCCUCUCUCUUUCUUUGUUUCAUCCUUUCUUUCUUUGCAGUUGUGUUUCUCUUUUCGCAGCUACUUUCCAUCACUCCUUUCGCUUUGAUCGGAGUUAACAGAAAGAAGGAAAAAAGGGGGUUGCUUUGUAGUUUGUCAGCGCGUUUCUAUUUAUAUAUAGUUAUUUUCCAGAUCGAUCUCUCUCAGGUUCUUCAUGUUUCCCAUUCAAACACACUAGCUAUUAUAGUAUGUUCAUUAUCUAUCUAUCUAUCUAUCUAUCUAUCUAUCUAUUACAGUAUAUUUAUUAUAUCUAUCUAUCUAUCUAUCUAUCUAUCUAUCUAUCUAUCUAUCUAUCUAUCUAUCUAUCUAUCUAUUUUUUUACAUUAUAUUCAUUAUCUAUCCAUUACAAAUAUUAUUAUCUAUCUAUCUAUCUAUUAUAUCUAUCUAUCUAUCUAUCUAUCUAUCUAUUAUAGUAUAUUCAUUAUAUCUAUCUAUCUAUCUAUCUAUCUAUCUAUCUAUCUAUUUUUUACAAAUAUUCAUUAUCUAUCUAUCUAUCUAUCUAUCUAUCUAUCUAUCUAUCUAUCUAUUGCAGUAUAUUCAUUCUAUCUAUCUAUCUAUUACAGUAUAUUUAUUCUAUCUAUCUAUUUUUACAUAUAUUCAUUAUCUAUCCAUAAUAUAUUCUUUUUCUAUUUAUUACAGUAUAUUCAUAAUCUAUCACAGAAUAUUCAUUAUCUAUCUAUCUAUCUAUCUAUCUAUCUAUCUAUCUAUCUAGAUAGAUAG